GAAAAACUCAAUUUCAAUAUGGCGUCCCAAAGUGAGGGCGGAGGAAAAGAUGACAUUAAAACUCACUUUGUAACCCGGGAAGGGACGUACAAAUUGAUGCCAUUGUCAGAAUAUUCAAAACCUACCCGAGUUCCCUAUAAUGGUCAAACUAACACUCCAUCCAGAGUGUCAUUCAUUAAUGUAAACGAUGGUUCUCCGUCGCCAGAUAGGAUAUGUUUCAACGUUGGCAGGGAAUUGUAUUUUUAUGUUUAUAAGGGCGUAAAAAAGGCUGCAGAUCUGACAAAACCAAUAGACAAGAGAUUAUAUAAAGGGACAUUUCCUACAUGUCAUGAUUUUAAUAGAAUGAUUAUAUCCAGUGAGAGUGUUAGAUUGUUAGUAGGCUUUACUGCUGGACAGUUACAGCUUAUUGAUCCUAUAAAGAAAGAACUGGGAAAACUUUACAAUGAAGAAAGAUUAAUAGACAAAACCAAAGUCACAUGUAUAAAAUGGAUCCCUGGAUCAACCAAUCAAUUCAUAGUAUCACAUUCUAGUGGCCAGAUGUAUAUUUAUAAUGAAGAACUGCCGUGUGGCCCCACCCCUCCUCAUUAUCAACCGUUUAAACAAGGAGACAGUUUCUCAGUGUUCACAUGUAAAACAAAAAGUACCAGAAAUCCAUUGUACAGAUGGAUGGUCGGGCAUGGACCAAUUAAUGAAUUUGCAUUCUCCCCAUGUGCUCAGUAUCUGGCCGUCGUGGGACAAGAUGGCUACCUGCGUGUUUUUAAUUACAAUUCCAUGGAAUUAGUAGGAUCAAUGAAAAGUUACUUUGGUGGUUUAUUAUGUGUGUGCUGGUCACCCGAUAGUAAAUACAUUGUAGUAGGAGGCGAAGACGAUUUAGUCACAGUUUGGUCUUUUAUUGAAAAACGUGUUGUUUGUAGAGGUCAAGGACACCGAUCGUGGAUAGGGGUCGUUGCAUUUGACCCUUAUACAUCAGUGUUUAGUGAAGAAGAAAGUGACUCUUCAGACAAAAAAACUGGGUCUGGUAAUCAUGAAAACGUUGUGAAUGGUAGCCUACAAUCCAAUAGAAAUUCAUUAGAAUGUCCAUCAACAUCAUCAUCAUCGAAUAUCACUACAUAUAGAUUUGGGUCAGUGGGACAAGAUACAAUGUUAUGUUUAUGGGAUAUUACCGAAGACAUUAUCAAACAACCAUAUGGACGCUCACGGACAAGUAUUCUGGUCACACCAAACGCUUCACAUACAUUACCUAGAUGUAAUAGUUUACCGCAGUCCCAAAAAUCCAAUUCAGUAGCAAGUGACCUUAGUUUAGAUGGGAAUGCCCAUCCUGUGGCUAAUCAUACAUCUAGUUUAAGUACAAAAUUUGCAACAUUAACUUUAGCAGAUAGAAAAGAAAGCCAAGAAAGAAAGGAACAUAAAAGAAAUUUUAGUUUAGCAAGUCGAAGUGUAGACAAAAACAGUAUAUUAAGAUCUAACCAUGUAAAACCUGUAGACAAUUCAAUUAAACUCUUAGGCACAUCAGCUUGUCCUCGAUUAGAGGAAGCACCCAUUUUAGAACCUUUAGUGUGUAAACGAAUAGCAUCAGAAAGAUUAACUGAACUUAUAUUUCGAGAAGAAUGUAUAGUGACUGCUUGUCAAGAAGGAUUAGUAUAUACAUGGGCUCGACCUGGUUGGACGUGUCCACAAGGGUAUGCGAACACGAUGCAGCACACAGUUGUUAGUCCACAAGUUGGAGAAGUUUAUCAAAUGCAGUUUUAACACAGAGAAGAUUCCUCCUGUGGACUCUGAGUCGAACCCUACAAAAUGUGCAAUGUUUCUCCACAAACCAAUGAAAUAAGUGCUAAGAGGGGAGACAAUCUAUCUGACUGUGAUACAUGGGUUAUGUCCCUUCUUGAUGUGAUUUAACUGUGAUCUUGUGCUACCUUGUUACAGCUGAUUAUUUGUCACUUACUGUUUGUGUGUAUAAGUGUAUGAGUGUGUAUUGUAAAUGAGCUUUGUGUGAGAAUGGAUGCUUAUGCAUCAAAGGGCACAUUUGCUAUGAGUAUGAUUAACAAUGUUUUAUGUUAUUAAGAAUUACAUAUAUGGGUUACAGAAUUAUGUUCAAAACCCUUAAGAGCUUUCAGUUGAAAAUAUUUAUUUUUGGAAAAGUUAUAUUUCUAAAUCUAAAUCUAAAUAUAAUUGUUAAGUAUAUUCCCUUUGUUGUAGUCCGAUUUGGUCAUGUUCCCAUGCACUUCCAAUAUAUAACGAACAAUUAAUGGUUUAGAUAUAUAUAUAUAUAUAUACUAUCUUUACAUUUUAUCUGUGGCCAUCCAAAAGUGCUUACAUGUCAUUUUUCUCAGCAGUUUGAUAAAUUUUUGUGAGGGUGUGUACUUUUUUUAUUUGGCAUGUCAUUUCAUGCAGGGGCUGCACUUGUCUAAAAGAAUUGAAGCCAGCAUAGAAACUUUUUUUGCAAGAAAAAUCAAAAGCAUCUUAAAUUUUGUUGCCUGUUUCAGAACACUUGGAUAUAGCCCCCUAUUCUCUAACUGGAUAUGCAUCAUACUUUUCCCCUGUAAUUUUGAGUAAGUUCUUUCAUAUAAGUUAAAUUAUCAAUAAAGUUAUGUUAGAUUUCAUUGUUCAUCAUAAGCAUAAGUCAUUUGUCAAGCCUUCCUAACUUAGAUUUAUUUUAUUUGUUUAUUGAACAGUUAGGGUCCAUCCACAUGUAUGAUAGUUUAUUUGAUUUAGAAAACAGAACCAUAAAUUGAUGAACAAUAUAUUUUUUUUUUUAUUUUGACCUUUCUGUACUUUUAAAGCUCUCUCUGUACUUGUUAAGCUCUUGAUUCAUGUAGUUGAUUCAUGUAGCAAACUUUUAAAUUCUGUAUGAUUUUUUCUGAACCAGAAAUGAUGUCAGACAUCUAUUGCAAGAUAGAAUACAAAAUUGUAGUUGGUGAUAUUGGCAAUGCCCAGUUCAACUACUUUUAUAAAUACAUUUGUAUGUGUGCAGUAGUCACAUGUUUAAAUUCCAUUCAAUAGAGAAGAUCCAUUGAUGUAAAGUUUUUAACCCACAGAGAGACAAAAUAUUAUUUAAGUUAUUGUAAUAUUGAUUUUUUGGAAUCAGCUUGCAUUCACCACUGCAGAAUCUUUUCUAAAUUAUCUAAAAAAUACCCAAGUAUAAAGAAGACUUGCCUUUUAAGUAUAAAAAAUAAGAUUUGGAACAAAAUUUUCAUUCAAGAGUGGAAUCUGGAUAAAUCAGUUUUCAGAAUUUACCACUAAUUUUCUCUCCUGUCUGUUGCAAUUUCAUACUGUUAUUAUAUAAGAGACUAGGCAUGAACCAGUUUCUUAACAUGCAUAUAAAUGGUACCAAACUUAAAUAUGAUGCCUGCUUGAUUUUAUUUGGUCAGUUUCCCAAAUAUACAUAAAUGUUAUAUUCAGAAUAGAAUGUCCAGAAUUUAAAAAUCAAAAUCCAAGAAGGGAAUAUAUAAUAUUAAGACAGUGAAAGUGCAUAACCCAUGAGAAUUUAGUUAAAAUACGAUCCUUAAAAAGAAGUAGUAAAUCUCUUUUACAGGACUAAUUUCUAUUAUUAGCUUUAUAUUUGACAAUAUUAAAUAUUGAUAAUGUUUUGAAUUGGCUAAUCAGAAUUGGUGUUCUAUCAAGAAAGACAAUAACAGUAUAGUAAUCUUUGAAUUGGCUAAUCAGAAUUGGUGUUCUAUCCAGAAAGACAAUAAUAAUAUAGUAAUCUACAUUAGAUCUGAUAUUUAUCUUAGAUUGGUCUCAUUAGUUUUAUAAACAGAAGCAUUUUCUCCUCAUCUAGGUAGAGGAUAAGUAAAGACAUAAUAUUUCCAUUUUCAUAGCAUGAUAUACAUUAUCACAGUAUAAAACCUAUUUUUUCUAAGACUUAAAUUUAAUGUGUAAACUUGAUCAAUAACUCAUAAACAGCACUUAUUUGUAUUGUUUAUAUGAAUUUGGGGCAAGGUUUACACACCAAGAACAACUAGAAAAAUGACUUUUUUAAUACGAAUAAUUCUCAACCCAAAUAUGUUUUAGUGUUUUCUUUUACUUUCAUCUCCCUUUGAAACACAGGAUUGCAUAUUUGUGCAAGUUGCAUGAAUGUACAAAAUGUAUCACAGUGAAAUUGAGAGGGUAUAUAUGUUAUAAGAAAGGAUUUACUGACACAUGGUCUGAAAUUGUAAACCAAGUAAAAACUUGUUUUAGAUGAAUAACAUUCAAGUAUUGUUUUCUAAGCAAAUUAAAUAAGAUUUAAUUCAAUGUAUUUACAAACUAAAAAUAUUGGAUAAUAAUUAUAGACAGAAAGUCAGUGAAUGGUAAAAAAUGGUUUUCAAAGUAUAUCAGGGGAGAUAAUUUAGAUUGUCUCCCAUUAAAGCCAUUGGAUUUAAAUGAAAAGCUAGUUUUAACUUUGUCAUUGUCAUAACUUUUUAUCAGGGUAAAUAACUCUCUUGUAUUUCCUAUUGCAUUUUGGAAAGUUAGUUAUUUUGAGAAAUAAUAGCAGAUACUUAAAUUGGGUAUUUCUUAUGCCAAAUAUAUGGUAUAAAACACAGAAAAAAAUUUUGGAAGUCACAAAUAUCAACAGCUUUGACAUUCAUCUUUAUGUUUUAAAAGAAAUUUUCUUUCUAUGAUUGCAAUUUUUAUAAAGCCUUCCUUGAAAAUCAAGUAAAUUCACACACCUGACAUUCUUUGAAAUUAACUUUUGGAGUUGACAUAAUUAUUUGACAUCAUAAAAUGCUAUUUCCUGAAUGAAGUUCUGCAAAUUUUCUACAGUCAACCUAAUUUCUGCGAUAUUUGAAAACAAUUAUAACCUAGGGUUAGAUUUUUUGAAGAAUUCAGUUUUUUUUCAAAUUUUGAAAUUACAUUUAGUAUUAUUUAUAUUGAAUGUAAAGUUAUUAUUUUUAAGUUCCACAAUGACAAAGUCCAGUCAUUGAAACUGUUGUAAAACAUGAACACAUUCAAAGUAAAUACUACAAGGUUAUACAUUUUCAAAAGUUACCUAUGCUAUUCAACAGUACAGUGAAUUAUAUGGGCAUUAUGUCAAAUAGUAAGGCUUUACAGUAGUGCAUGUUAAAUUGUCCAAUAUUUAUAACUAUAACUAUAUUCUGAAAUUAAUGUAUGCAACUAUUUCUAUUGUCGUAUAUGAUCAUUAAUGAGAUCAAAAGAAAUUUUGAUUUACACAAUUCAGAAUGUAAGAUGCUCUCUUGGAUCAAUAUACAUAUACACAUCCCAUCUUAUUUUUCGCCCCAAUGAUAAAUAACUUAACAAUAGGAGGAAUUACUUCUUUUAAUCAAUUUAUGAUUUUCAUAUUCAUCAUAGACCAAAAGAUAAGCUGUUUUUAAUGAAGAAAGAUUUUUUAAUUUUUUGUUGAGAUUGUUGAAGACUAUGUAUGUAUGAGAUGCAUGCCUUGAAUACUUAACUUUGUAUUUUGAAAGGCUUGUAAUAGUUUAUAUUAUAAAACACUUUUAAAACCUA